UGCAGAAGAGAUAGAUAAUUGAACUGUGAUUAGGCACUAUGGCACUAACUUUCAUACACUUUCAUUCAUAUUCAUAUUGGAAAUGAUUACACCAAUGACUCAAACAACACACCAUAAAAUAAAAAUCAAAAUCAAAAUCUCCCAUAAUGUUUAUAUUUUCCAUAUUGGUAGGCUCAGCAACAAUGGCGGAAAUUUUGUAUGAUCCUAACAAAUCAACACGUCCUUAUUCUCUCUCUCUCUCUCUCUCUCUCAUUCCACACACACACACACACCAUUUAGUCAACUCCAUCAUGUGUCAAACACAAAAUCAUCAUAGUAAUAGUAACUGUUCAUGCAACAACAAAACAAAAAAAACCACACAUUAUGGUUCUGAUUUUUCCAUUGCCACACAUCAUAGUAACUAGUCUAUGUUUAUGUUUAUGACACUUUGCUGUAAAGUGUUGUAUAAUUGUGAUCAUUUCACGUUUUAUCAUAACUUUUUUCAUGUUUUCAUUAAUCAAUGUUAUGUCUUUUUAUUUUUCUCUCUCUUCCUUAUCUCUCUGUUCUGUAUUCAUUGCUUUCAUGGGUCUAUUUAAUUUUUCUAUCUAAUCAAAAGGGUCAUUUUAUUUUCUCAUAAUUUGGUUCUAUUUUUCUUCUUCUCACCGCCAAAGUUAACUCUUUUUCUUUCACAACACGGUAUCUUUUUUGUUUCUAUUUCAGUUUUCUAUGUCAUCUUCUGUUUUGUCUUGAAUUUCUUAAUUGUCUCAUGUUCACACUUUCUGUGUAUUUUGCUUCUGUUUUGUUAAGUUUUGAUUUUUAAGAUAACCCUUUAUGUGUUUGUUGAUUUGUCUAUGAGAGAAAAUGGCAUUGGAAUUAAGUUUCCAUUCAAAAAAUGUGUUUUUUUACUUUUACAUGAUUCUAUUGUUUAGCCUUGGAAUCUUUCUUGUAAGUUCAAUUAAUGAAGAGGGUUCAAAUCUUUUGAAGUUCAAAACUUCACUUUUGCAUUCAAAUGAUAAUCUUGUUAACUGGAAUGUUUCUGAUUUAACUCCAUGCAAUUGGACUGGUGUUUAUUGUAUUGAUUCAAUAGUAACUUCUGUUAAUCUUUACCACCUUAAUCUCUCUGGUAAUUUGUCGUCUAAAAUCUGUAAUCUUCCAUGGUUAGUUGAGUUGAAUGUCUCCAAAAACUUCAUCUCUGGUCCAAUUCCUGAUGGUUUUGUGAACUGUGAUAAACUCGAGGUUUUAGACCUUUGUACAAAUAGGUUUCAUGGACCAUUUUUGACGCCUAUUUGGAAAAUCAAAACACUUAGGAAGCUUUACCUUUGUGAAAAUUACAUGUAUGGUGAAAUACCAGAAGAGAUUGGUAAAUUAACAUCACUUGAAGAGUUAGUGAUUUAUAGCAACAACUUAACAGGAAGCAUUCCUGCAUCGAUCAGUAAGUUGAAACGGCUUAGAGUUAUUCGGGCAGGUUUGAAUGGUCUCUCGGGAAAAUUACCUUCAGAAAUCAGUGAGUGUGAAAGCUUAGAAACAUUAGGGUUAGCACAGAAUCAAUUAGUAGGUUCUAUUCCAAAAGAGCUUCAGAAGCUUCAGAACCUUACUAAUUUGAUUCUAUGGCAAAACUCUUUUUCUGGUGAGCUUCCUCCUGAGAUUGGAAAUAUUAGUAGCCUUGAAUUAAUUGCUUUGCAUCAAAAUUCAUUAAUCGGUGAUGUCCCGAAAGAACUCGGGAGGUUACCGCGGUUGAAGAGGUUGUACAUGUAUACAAACCAGUUGAAUGGAACAAUUCCACCUGAGUUAGGAAACUGUACUAAUGCUAUUGAGAUUGAUCUAUCUGAAAACCAUUUGAUUGGUAUCAUUCCUAAGGAGUUAGGUCAAAUCUCUAAUCUUACCUUGCUUCACCUAUUUGAAAACAAUUUGCAGGGUCAUAUUCCAAAGGAGCUUGGAAAUUUGAGGCUGCUGAGGAAUUUAGAUUUGUCGUUGAACAACUUAACAGGUAGAAUUCCAUUGGAGUUUCAAAAUCUUAAACUCAUGGAGGAUUUGCAGCUAUUUGAUAAUCAACUUGAAGGUGUGAUUCCACCUCAUCUUGGAGGUUUUAGAAACCUUACUAUUCUUGAUAUAUCUUCAAAUAAUCUUGUCGGUAUGAUACCGAUCCGUCUUUGUGAAUAUCAGAAGCUUCAAUUCCUUAGCCUUGGAUCAAAUAGGCUCUUUGGAAAUAUUCCUUAUAGAUUGAAAACUUGUAAGUCACUUGUGCAGUUAAUGCUUGGGGAUAAUCUUUUGACAGGAAGUUUACCUGUUGAACUGUAUGAACUUAAUAAUCUUACCGCGCUCGAGCUUCAUCAGAACAGAUUCUCCGGGCUGAUUAGCCCUGGAAUUGGUAAACUUACGAAUCUCGAGAGGCUUCACUUGUCAGAUAAUUAUUUUUCAGGUUAUCUACCUUCUGAGAUUGGAAAUUUGUCACAGCUUGUAACAUUCAAUGUUUCGUCCAACCGUUUCAGUGGAAGUAUUCCGCACGAGUUAGGAAACUGUGUGCAGCUGCAGAGACUUGAUCUCAGCAGGAACAAGUUUACUGGUAUGCUUCCAAAUUCAACUGGAAAUCUUGUGAAUUUGGAGCUACUAAAAGUUUCUGAUAAUAUGCUUUUUGGAGAAAUACCGGGCACUUUGGGGGACCUUAAUCGUCUAACCGAUUUGGAGCUUGGUGGAAAUCGGUUUUCAGGAAGCAUCCCUUUUCGUUUUGGAAGACUUUCUGCUAUUCAGAUAGCACUAAACUUGAGUCACAACAAUCUUUCUGGUACAAUUCCUGAUAGCUUAGGGAGCUUGCAAAUGCUAGAAUCACUUUACUUAAAUGAUAAUCAACUUGUCGGCGAAAUUCCUUCAUCAAUUGGUGACUUGCUUAGUCUUUUAGUAUGCAAUGUAUCUAACAAUAAGCUGAUAGGAACUGUUCCUGACACAACCCCAUUUAGAAAGAUGGAUUUAACAAAUUUUGCCGGGAACAACGGUUUGUGCCGUGUAGGUACUAAUCAUUGUCAUCCAUCUUUAACUUCAUCCCAUCAUGCAAAGCCGAUGAAAGACGGUUUAUCAAGGGAAAAGAUAGUGAGUAUUGUCUCUGCUGUGGUUGGUUUUGUUUCUCUUAUUUUCAUAGUUUGUAUAUGUUGGACUAUGAUGAGGCGCCGCCGCAGCGAUUCUUUUGUUUCGCUUGAAGAACAAACAAAGCCUCAUGUUCUAGAUAAUAGCUAUUACUUUCCAAAAGAAGGCUUCACUUACAAUGAUCUCUUGGAAGCUACUGGGAAUUUUUCAGAAAGUGAAUUUAUAGGAAGAGGAGCUUGUGGAACUGUUUACAGAGCUGUUAUGAAUGAUGGUGAAGUUAUUGCCGUCAAGAAACUGAAUACACGCGGAGGAGAAGGAACAAGCGUCGACAGAAGCUUCCUCGCAGAGAUUUCAACUCUUGGAAAGAUCAGGCACAGGAACAUUGUGAAGCUGCAUGGAUUUUGUUAUCAUGAGGAUUCUAAUCUUCUAUUGUAUCAAUACAUGGAAAAUGGAAGCCUUGGUGAAAAGCUUCAUAAUUCAAGUUCAAAAACAUGUGAACUGGAUUGGAACAUUAGAUAUAGAAUAGCUCUAGGAGCAGCAGAAGGCUUGUGCUAUCUUCACUAUGAUUGUAAACCUCAAAUUAUUCACCGUGAUAUCAAAUCGAACAAUAUUUUGCUUGAUCAAAGUUUUCAGGCUCAUGUUGGAGACUUUGGAUUGGCAAAGUUGAUUGAUUUUUCAUUAUCAAAAUCUAUGUCUGCUGUGGCUGGAUCAUAUGGCUACAUUGCCCCAGAAUAUGCUUACACCAUGAAGGUAACAGAAAAAUGUGACAUCUAUAGUUUUGGGGUAGUUUUGCUGGAACUAGUUACCGGGAAGUCACCAGUUCAACCAUUGGAACAAGGUGGUGAUUUAGUUAACUGGGUGAGAAGAUCAAUUCAAGCAUCAGUACCUACAUCUGAAUUAUUCGAUAAGAGAUUGGAUUUGAGUGAACAAAAAACUGUGGAAGAAAUGUCUCUUAUACUUAAAAUUGCACUGUUUUGCACCAGUUCAUCUCCACUUAAUAGGCCUACAAUGAGAGAGGUAAUUGCAAUGUUGAUUGAUGCUAGGGAAUAUGUCAACCAAUCACCAACCACUCCUUCAUCUGAAUCUCCACUUGAUGAAGAUAAAAGUUCUACUUCAAAAGAUGGUGGUCUUGAGUAGUGAAUUACAAGAAGCUUCACUAUGUCCUCAAAGAGUCCAAAGGAGAGUUAUUUGGAUAUUGCAUCAUUUCCACAUGUUUGAAUCUUGGCCCAUAUCUAAUUGAAUAAGUAACUUUAGCAAAAAGAAUGUCACAAUAUCACUUUCUAACCAA